GCUAAGAAAGCCCCAUCCUCUAUCCUCACACUUAACAAGUUACAAUGUCAGAGGCUGCAAAAUUUCCGAAACCCCUCUCUAGGUGUAUGAUUAUGUGGUAGUUGCAAGGCAGUUUUUCCCGAUCCAUCCUCUGACAUCGAAAUCGGCGUGCGUUGGUGCACUUCUCGUCCUCAAGAUUGCAUCAGGUUGCCCUGUGUUUUGGUCUCACCGCCUUGGACAGCCUCGAUUGGCAGAGAUGGCUUUUCUGCGCUGGAGCGGCGGAAGCGCUCUCAGACAAGCGGUGAAAAGUUUACUCGGAAGGGGAGAGUGGAAGGGGAUGUGGGGAAGGCAGGGCAGGGGCUACUGUUCCGACUCUAUGACGGAUACGUAUCCAGUUGUGGUUGUCCUCACAAGGAAUGGAGAGGGUGCUGUUAUCAGACAGAACCAGUUUGAUGCGGUUGAUUCGCUGCUUGACUUGGAGCAAGCUGUGGUAGCAGACAAGGCCUCUGUGGUCCAACUCAAGAGUGCUUUUCAGAGUGGCUGGGGUGCCGCAGUCAUCAAGUACAUCCGAGGGUUGGAGCGAGAGUCGAAGGAUGCUCUCAGUAAACUGGCUGCUGCAGAACACAGGUGGGGCGCGCUGUCGGAAGAAGCGAGGGAGAAGGCUGAGGAGACGACGAAGGUUGUGCAAGGACUCAAGGACCGGUACAGCAGUCUCGUCUACCUGAACUCAAAGCAUGUUACCAAUUACAUCGACGCCAUAUCCGACCUUGAGCGCAAGACAGGCCAGUCCGUUAAGAAAACCGUUCUUGAGGCCACGGCUGGCGAGAUCCUCAAGUCGCAUUUGGCUGGCGAGCAUUCACACUCAGCCUGCAUCAAGUACCUCACCGAGCUCGAAAGUGCAGGGGUGAUCACGAAGGAGCCGUUCUCGCAUCCAAAGACCGGGGCCCAGUGCUACAGGCUCACCAACCCACAGUUCUCUAAAUGGUCUGUCAUCGCCCACCUGGCAAGAUGUGAAGACGGUGCGCUCCUUUGCCACACCUGCGCAUCAAAAGAGGGGGUUCCGAUUGUCCAGAAGCGGCUCGGUGAUUUGCAGCGGUACAUCGAGAGUAACGCUCAGGUUAUUUGGACUGCAUCGCAUAUGCCGCACCAUCUACUCGACCCAAACGCCCAAAAGUUCAUCCUCUGGAGGGGGGACCAAGAAGAUGAAGAAACCCUACUGCUGGCCUCGUGCUUCGAGAUUCUGGGCUUUCCGUACGAGAUUCGGACACAACCGAAGCACCCCUUCCUCCUUGCGGGACAGGUUAUGGACGAAGCUUUGCGAGAGCUCGAACCCCAUCUGAAACACCUGAAACCCCCAAAGGAUGCCCCGGUGUAACCAAUGUCAAUAGUUAGACCCGUUUGGCGGUGCGUAAGAGAAUGUUUUGAGAUCACACUUGUGUAGAUUGUCCAAAUGCGCUGGAUGCAAGUCAUGUGUAAAACAACAGGUCCCGCAAAAGGUGAUUUUAAGUCACGAGUCAUGUCAAAGCCAUAUCUUUUCCAAGCGCGGCGUAUAGAACGACCACAAAGUUUGUUGGUGCACCAUUUGGUGCACCAGUCGAUCUACGAAAUUUCUAUGUAGCCUCAUGCAAGAUAUAUUCGAGUGGUGUGCCGGCUGCCAUGGUCCGCAUGUAUGAACCGCUAUUGUAU